AACGUAAAAAAAACCCAUCUGUUAUUAGGUUAGUCUACCGUCGAACUUUCAUUAGCAACACAUGCAUCACAUAACUGUAUUUAAAUACUUACACUUAAAUAAAUAUAUAAAUGAGUAACUUGUGAUUUUAAUUUUAACCUUUUUGGUUUUAAAAUAAAACUGAAUAAAAAAAUAAGUAUAUUAUAAAUAAAUAAAUUAGUGUAAAAAUAGUAAUUUAAAAUUAAAAAAAAAAAAAAAAAAAAAAAAAAAAGUAAAUAUGUCAGGUGUAAACGGUGAAAGUAGUAAAGGACCAAUACCACCAAGGUGGCUUCACUGUCCACGAAAAUCAGUUAAAUUAAUUCACAAUAAAUUUAUAGCAUUCAAAACCCCGUUGUCGACAAAUUUUGACGAUCAGGUGUCAGAGGAAUGCCGUUUCAAUGUCGACAUGCUCUUUGCUUCACUCAAGAGUGAGCGUUUAAAAAUAGGGUUAUGGAUUGAUCUUACAAACACAAACCGUUUCUACGACAAAGAUGACGUUGAGGCUUAUGGAUGUAAAUAUUUUAAGUUACAAUGUCGUGGCCACGGUGAAACUCCUUCCCGAGAGCAAACAAAAACAUUCGUCGAAAUAUGUAAAAAUUUUAUAUCCAAGCAUCCUCUAGAAAUAAUUGGGGUUCAUUGUACCCACGGUUUUAACCGAACAGGUUUUUUGAUAAUAAGUUACCUUGUGGAGACUGAUCAGUACAACCUUGACGCAGCACUAAAUAUAUUUGCUGCAGUAAGACCUCCAGGUAUUUACAAAGACGACUACAUUAAAGAACUUUACCGUAGAUAUGACGACGGAGAUGACGCCCCGGCAGCACCACCUAGACCAGCCUGGUGCCUCGAGUACGAUGACGACGAUGUUGAUGACGAUGUCUACCAGUCUGCCAGCAGUAAUCAGUCCCACGGUAAACGGAAGCGGGAGUAUGUAAAUAAAAAUCCAGUCUUCAUGGCAGGAGUUCCUGGGGUCAUGGUCCUCAAUGACAACGUCAAGGUGUCCGGUAUUCAACGGCGUGUCCAAGAAAUUUGUAGCUGGAACAGUUCCGGUUUUCCAGGCUCUCAGCCUGUCUCCAUGGACAGAAACAACAUCAACAAAUUGAGCGAGAAACCUUAUCGCGUAUCAUGGAAAGCUGACGGCACCAGGUACAUGCUCCUGAUUCAGGGUGGCAAUGAAUUGUUUUUCAUUGACCGGGAUAACAGCAUCUUCCAGGUCUCCGGACUCGCAUUCCCGCAUGUUCAUGACACCACGAGGACUCUCAAAGACACUCUGCUAGACGGGGAGAUGGUUAUUGACCGGGCUGAUGGUAAAGAGUACCCUCGUUACUUAGCCUACGACAUUAUUAUGUACGACGGCAAGGAUGUGAGCAAGAAAGCAUUUUUUCCUGACCGAUACACGCUCAUUGAAAAAGAAGUUAUGGGCGGACGUUACCGCGCACUGAGAGAAGGACGUUUACGUCGUGAACGCGAACCUUUUUCUGUAAGGUUGAAACAAUUUUGGGACAUAUCGCAGACAGGCAGUUUGCUGAGUGAUAAAUUUGCCAAACAGCUGGGCCACGAGCCCGAUGGACUGAUCUUCCAGCCUUCAAAAGAACGAUACGUAGCAGGGGUGUCCGAGGACGUGUUGAAAUGGAAACCACUGUCGCUUAAUUCCGUAGAUUUUAAAUUAAAAAUAGUCACUGACUCGGGCCUCGGUAUUCUGCCAACAAAAAAAGGUCUUCUGUACGUCGGUGGGCUCUCAGAACCUUUUGAUAAAAUUGACAAGCCCAACAAAGCCCUGAGGGAGCUCAACAACAAGAUUAUUGAAUGUAAAUACGAAAACAACAAGUGGGUCUUCAUGCGAGAGAGGACGGACAAGUCAUUCCCCAACUCGUAUAAAACGGCCAUGUCCGUUUGUCAAAGUAUCAAGGAGCCUGUCACGACAAAAUAUCUUCUAGACUACAUCGAGCAUCACCGGUAUCAAGACGACUCGGAUCUGAUGCCGCCACCAGCCAAGCGCAUGAGAUGACAAUUUACUAGUUAAAUUACUCCAGUUAAAUAAAUUUGUUUCAUUAAAAUUUAAUUUAAUUUUAUUUAAUUUUAAUAUUUUAAUGAGAAUUUUGUAAAUAAUAAUAAUUAUGUGUAAUUAAAUUUUUAAUAAUAUUUUUAUUAUUCAAUUGUGUUUUUUGAUUUUGAGUGAUGGUUUGAAUUUUAGAUUUAAAUCUUAUACAUGAUGCAUCAAUCAAUUAAAAGUCAACGCUGUCAUUAAAUU